AGGGGCGGGGCGGUUCGGUCCUGACUCCUGACACGUGUUUCCAAACUGUGUGCAGGAAGCGAGGGAACUGUUAGUCGCUAUACUGGAGUUUCUCUGUGCUGUGGAAGCGAGUGAUGGAUCACGCUUUUGUAGGGUCUCAUUCAGAUGCUGCAAGAGUCUACUUCACCCCAAAGAUGAAGAUAAGCUGGUCUGCAUAUGACACAUUUGAGGCUAAUUUCAAACCUUUGGUGGUCAUUGAGCUUGCAGAAAACACCAGAGAUGAAACCAAAGAAUGGCUGACGCAAAAGAUUGUGGAGAAGAAGAAAAAUGGAGGAGCUCAGCUUCUGAUUAAACCUUUGGUGGAAGAUAGGAAAAAAAUUGACGGGAACCCAAACAUCUAUGUUGUUGGAGCAUCUCGCUUGAGGCUGCUUCUGGGAGCUGAAUCCGUGGGACUAGUGAAAGAAUGUAAUGAUAACACGAUGAGAGCCUUUACAUAUAGCAGCAGAAAAACCUUCAAAACUUUUGCCGAAGACAAUCAUGAUUUCCUUACAAUGGCUGAGUGUCAAUACAUCAUCAAACAUGAACUUGAAAACUUGCGAGCCAAAGAUGAAAAAAUGAUCCCUGGUUACCCACAGGCAAAGCUUUAUCCAGGAAAAUCAAUUUUGCGAAGGCUUCUAACCAAUGGUAUCUUAGUUAAUAUUUUUCCACUUCACGACACAGAAGAAUUAAAAAAACUUGGGCACACAUGGUAUGGCCAGCUGAAAAUUAGGUACCAACCUUUGGAUGAAAUUUGCAACUACUUUGGUGAAACUAUAGCCUUCUAUUUUGCCUUUUUGGAGUAUUUCACAUUUGCUUUGAUUCCAAUGGCUGUUAUUGGGAUUCCUUAUUAUAUUUUUGCAUGGGAAGAUUAUGACAAGUAUGUGAUGUUUGCAACCUUCAAUCUGCUUUGGUCUACGGUCAUCCUUGAAGUCUGGAAACGUUGCUGCGCUGUGAUGGCUUACAGGUGGGGGACGCUGAUGAUGAAACGACAGUUUGAAGAACCCAGGCCAGGGUUUCAUGGGGUUUUGGGCAUCAACCUUGUGACUGGGAGAGAGGAGCCAGUGUACUCUAGCUUCAAAAGACAGUUACGAAUUUAUUUAGUUUCCUUGCCGUUUGUGUGCCUUUGCCUCUACAUUGCACUGUACGUCAUGAUGACUUACUUUGACUUGGAGAACCAAGCUUAUUUAUAUCACCAAGAGAACCAAUCCGAUUUAAGCAGCUUGCUGUUAUACGUGCCUGGCAUAAUUUAUGCCGUUGUGAUUGAAGUUCUAAAUCGUCUCUAUCAAUAUGCUGCCGAGUUCUUAACCUCAUGGGAAAACCAUAGAUUGGAAUCUUCAUAUCAGAAUCACCUAGUUUUGAAAGUCUUGGUGUUCAACUUUUUCAACUGUUUCGCCUCUUUAUUCUACAUUGCUUUUGUCAUGUUUGAUAUGAAACUUUUGAGACAAAACUUGGCAACUUUGCUGAUAACUUCACAAAUCCUUAAUCAGUGUGUAGAAGCCAUACUCCCUUACUGUCUUCAAAAGAGACGGAAUAAGAGGGUUAAAAAAAGGAUGAAGUCAUUAGAAAUAGAUACGGACUUGUCUUUAUUUGAGCAAGUUAAUCUGGAAAAAGAAAUGGAUACCUACUUGGGUACUUUUGAUGACUAUUUGGAACUGUUCUUGCAGUUUGGCUACGUGAGUCUUUUUUCAUGCGUCUACCCGUUAGCAGCUGUUUUUGCAGUGUUAAACAACAUUACAGAGAUGUAUUCUGACGCCUUAAAAAUGUGCAGUGUCUUUAAACGACCAUUUUUAGAGCCCACAGCAAAUAUUGGUGUAUGGCAGCUUGCUUUUGAAACAAUGUCUGUUAUAUCAGUAAUUACCAAUUGUGUCUUGAUUGGGAUGUCGCCCCAAGUAAAUGCACUUUUUCCAGACUCCAAAGUGGAACUUGUCCUGGUUGUGGUGUUAGCAGAGCAUUUAAUCCUGGCGAUAAAAUUUCUUAUGGCAUUUGCAAUUCCUGAUAAGCCACAAGAUAUUCGGAUAAAAUUGGGAAGGCUGGAAUUUGAAUCACUGGAGGCACUCAAACAGCAGCAAAUGAAGCUCGCAACAGAGUCCCUGAAAGGAGAAACAUCCUAAGAUGGUAUCCUAAGCAUCUGCUAAAGAAUAAUAAGAUUCUACCAAGUACCAAUGUCAAGAAAUGCCUGGUUGCUAAAUUUUAACACUCCAUCAUAUAUUAAUACUUGUCCUUAUCUGCCAUUAGAAGACUGUUCAAAAGGAAAAAGGUACUUCUUUUCUUCCCAAACAUCACACAAUGAAGCUUUUGUCAGAUUUGACUACUGAACACAAAUAGCCACGAAUGUUACAAAAGAAUAUAACAUUUCUUUAAAAAUGCAAACAUUAAUCAUAACUAUAAUCCUGAAGCUUUAAAAAGGAGAAUUGUGGAGGCUACAGUACUCAGUUCACAUUUUCAUGUUCCCUAGGGCAGUUAAACAACUUUCUCCUCACACUACCAUAUUUAACCAACAUAUUAUUUUGUAGAUUGUUCUCCACAAAAUUGAAAAGACUUAAUCUAAAUCUUGUUUACAGUAUGAUGUGAUGGGUACAUUUCUCCCACAAGACAAAUUCAGUACAAGUUUUUUUU